GUUCCCGCAAAGACCAUCACACAAAGAUUCAAGGUUGUUCAUGCUUAGUAUAAAUAGGUCUACCACGAUGAAAUCUAUGCUGAGUCUCCAUUAGUUCUUCCACCAAAUCGACCAACACUUCAAAACCCCCGGACGAUUCUAUUCUAUUCUAUUUACCUUCAAGCAAGCUUUACGAUACCGACACAAUGCGUUCAUCAAUUCUUGCUUGCUUUUUCGCUUCAGCUGCACUUGUGGCUUCCUUCUGCUGUGACGACACACAUAUUGAAGACGACGGCGCCCAUUGUGCCGACGGUACAUAUACAGGUGUCGGAUGCUGCUCUUAUGGCCCAUGCAACAUCUUCUGCUGCAAUUGUGACGCUCCCUGCAGACAAGCGAGUACACGAAUGGCAGCAAGAGACUUCACCCUCCCAUGGGAAAGCAACGGCGGCGACCCAACCUGUGGCCUUUUCCAGACCGAAAACCAAUGUGCUCUGGAUAAAUUCCAGGCACUCGACGCCAAUAAGGACGGGAUAUUGACCCUUUCUGAGGUUCUAGCAGACAUCGAGGUCGUAAGACCUUUUAUCAACUCAUUUGGUCUCGACAAUGCAACCAUCACGAAGGAUAUUACUCUACUUUUCAAUACCUACGACGUCGACAAGAAUGGCAACCUCACCUUCGCUGAAGUACUCACCCCCCAAGUUGUGGAUACCCAGGCCUAAAAGCAAGGGAUAUACGAGGAAAGACUGAGUUAGGGGAGAGGAUGGUGUCCGGUUAUGAGCCAGGAGGGCUUGGUCCGGGGUUACUUUGUACUUAUUGCCGCGCAUUUCUUCUUCUUACAAGCAUCCUUCUAAGAAACCGCCCUUGUUAGUCGGCUGGCCUAAAAGCAAUCGUGCCGGAUUCUUUUCAAUAGUGACUCCAUUUUACAAAUGGGUGAAGCGCAAGCUUGUGUUUUGCCCAAGACCCACCGAAAUCAAGCCCAGACGGGAGAUUCAAGGAAGAGCUAGC